AUGUCGCUGUCAAUGUAUUAUAUACAGGAAAAUGUGGUUGUGAAAACUGCUUUGUCAUCAUACAAUGUUUUAGUUCACAUAUUGAUAGGAAUGAUUGUAGGAGUAUCAUUAUUGUUUGGUGUUACCAAGAAUUACAAUGCUACUUCCGUUCCAGAGGAUAUUAUUCUUCUACAUAUUCUAUUAUGUGUACCUGGCUUCACGCUGCUUAUGUCCGAAUCAAUUAUGGCCAUGACUUCAUACAAUGCGUGGUCAUCCAUUCUCAGUAAAACAAACAAAAGACGAGCGCACUGGGUCAUACAAAUAUUGGCUUCAGGUCUUGGUCUGACCGGAUCCAUCAUUAUCAUGAGUUAUAACGAUGUAAAUUUUAAUACUUCACAUGGACAAUUUGGUUUAGUUACUUUGAUCUUCACAGUAGUAAACAUGACCCUUGGUGUCGCAUCUCUCUUCUCGCACAAGCUCCGCAGAUUUAUUCCACCUAUACUCUUCAAGAUCGUGCACAUCGUACUCGGGAUUAUCACCUAUGUAUCAGCCUGUACCUGUCUCUGCCUUGCCUUCAAUAAGGACAUGUUUAAGAUCUGGACAAAUGAAAGCGUCGCUGUCGGCGUUAUUAUUAUCAUUUCAUGUGUCACCUUCCUUGUAUUAAUUAAUCCUUUCACGACCCUGUGUAAAAAAAUCAUCAAGAUCAUUAAAGUUAGAUCAGAAAAAUAG